AUGCCGAGCAUUGACGGGACCUCGGCUGGCAGUGACCACCAAAAGGCCCCGCUAAACCCAAUUGCGACGCCUGCGAACUCAACCACCACACAGCAACAGCAUGUUUCUGCAAGCGAGACACUCGCAACGACCAUGACUGUUGAGCUGGACGACUUUGGAUUGCCCGUAAGAAAAUACCCCGCCGCAACGGAGAAGGCUGCUGCGUCCCUCGCAGAGGUAGAGCCCGCAGAGCCCAAGACUGAAGAUGCAACCACCCAGAAUAAACGCGUGCCCGGGGAAUCCGGUGCUUCGCAGCCGAAGCCGAUAGAAGAUCAGGCUAUUGCCGAAAGCAAAAAGACUCUGGGGAUGGUACCCGGUCAUAGACGUGAUGAAUCGAGCGCUUCGCAUCAGCAGCUUACUUCGUAUCAACCGGCCGAGAAGAAGGACGAGGAGGACGAUGAUGGGGGUUGGCAGGACAUGCCGUCGUAUGCGCCGUACGACAUAUACGACGACAACAAUAAGCUAAUCGCAAGAGAAUACCAUGAGUCCGAGGAUGAGAAGUACGGCUAUGCGGCUCUCGGCGGCGCCGGCAAGGGAUACACCAAGAUUCUCGACGAUGAUGCCGAGUCCGUGACGAGCAUGGACGAGAACAUGCAGUACCUGUUCAAAGAAAUGGGCCCUAGCACGAGCGCAAUGGACGACGAGCAACGAGAUGCCGUCAGCCAGCUGCAGGCCACUAAGGAGCUGCUCACCGAGGGCCAGCGCAUUGCCUACGUGGGUCUUACGAGAUUGGAGCUGAAUGCCAUGAUCCAGGAGCUGGAAUCAUUGCCGAUGCCAACCUCCAAGGUCAAGAAGUAUGUGGGGAUGGCGGCCGAGAAUAUGAAGAUGUGGGCUCAGCGAAUGAUGAUCCGGCUUUACACGCACAUGGACAUCAGCCCGGAUGAGCAGGUCAUGAUCGAGCAGCUGAGCUCCCACGGAGUUCAGCCGCGUGACCUGACUCCGGUUUUGAUGGCGAAUGCUCGGGUCAAGAAUCCCAUGGUUGUAGACGAUGACCAGUCAUCUACUGCCAGGACUAGUUCGUCAUCCCGGCCGUCUUCUGUAAUGGGCUCUGAGAAGGAGCCGAGAUCUGACUCGCCCCCUCCAUACUCGGCUGAGGAUACUUCAGAGCUCAAGGAGGAGGUCAGGACGCCGUCUCAGAUGCCCACCACCCAAAAGAUUGACAUCGAUAUCCGCUGGACUGUUCUCUGCGAUCUGUUCCUGGUGCUUGUUGCUGAUUCCAUUUAUGAUGCGAGAUCCAGGACGCUGCUCGAGCGAGUGGCUAAGGACCUCGACAUCUCGUGGCUCGACAUCUGCCGUUUCGAAAAGAAAGUGACCGACGCGCUAGAGAUGCAGCAGAGUGCUGAUAAGGAGAAUUGGAAUGAGCAGGAGCACAUGGAGAACCGCCGGAAGAUGGCUCUCAAGAAGCGGUACAUGAUGGUGGGCCUUGCCACAGUUGGCGGUGGUCUGGUCAUCGGCUUGUCGGCCGGUUUGCUUGCUCCUGUCAUUGGUGCUGGUUUGGCAGCUGGAUUCACGGCAAUCGGUGUCAGUGGCACAGGUACUUUCUUGGCUGGUGCCGGUGGCGCUGCUAUCAUCACGUCGACGGCGGCAGCAUCGGGUAGUGUCAUUGGUGGUAGGGCGGCUGACAGGAGAACGGGUGCCGUCAAGACUUUCGAAUAUCGCCCAUUGAACAACAACAAGCGCGUGAACCUGAUCGUCACGGUCUCGGGGUGGAUGACAGGCAAGGUUGACGAUGUUCGUCUGCCAUUCAGUACCGUUGACCCCAUUAUGGGCGACAUUUACUCAGUUCUCUGGGAGCCCGAAAUGCUGGCUACCAUUGGUGCUACUAUUAAUAUUCUUGCAACUGAAGCUCUGACCCAAGGCCUGCAACAACUUCUGGGAAAUACUAUCCUCGUGAGCUUGAUGGCUGCCAUCCAGAUUCCCGUAAUCCUCACGAAACUCGCCUAUCUCAUCGAUAACCCCUGGGCUGUCUCUCUCGAUCGUGCUGAAAUGGCUGGUCUGAUCCUGGCCGAUUCGCUCAUCGAUCGGAACCUCGGCACUCGCCCAGUCACUCUCGUCGGCUAUUCUUUGGGCAGCCGUGUCAUCUUCUCCUGCCUGCAGGAACUGGCCAGGAAAGGGGCGUUCGGUCUGGUUCAGAACGUCUACCUGUUCGGGAGCCCCAUCGUCGUCAAGAAGGAUGAGUAUCUCCGUGCCCGCGCUGUGGUGUCGGGUCGUUUCUUGAAUGGGUACAAUCGCAACGAUUGGAUCUUGGGAUACCUGUUCCGUUUGACCAGCGGCGGCAUCCGGCGCGUUGCUGGUCUCGCUGCUAUUGAGGACAUUCCAGGAAUUGAGAACAUGGACGUGUCUGAUCUCGUAGUCGGGCACAUGGACUACCGCACGGCCAUGCCGCGCUUGCUGCGCGAGUGUGGAUGGAUGGUUGAGAGCGAUGAGUUCACUGAGAUCGAGGAUCCUGAUCCUGACGGACACAGGGAGCGCCAGCGCGAGCUGAUUAAUGAGAUCGAGGAGGCUAGGCGUGAGCUGGAGAAAGAGAGCAAGCAAAACAAGAGCAGUGGGUUCGCUUUCUGGAAGCGGAGAAAGGUUCCCGAGCGGCAGGAGUGGGAGGUGUACGAGGACACAAUGAAGGCCGGUAACAAGGGCAAGUCGGAGGAGAAGGACGGCGGAGGCAUUGACCCCCUCGAUGAGCAAUUGCUCCAGAUCCGCGAGAUCAAGAGCACCCUGCCGCCGAUCAAGGUCGAGCUUAACAAGAACAAUACUCCCACGACCACAACCCCACCCCCGCCGCCAACAGCCAAAGCGAAAUCCUCUCGCUGCAGCCUCGCCGACGGCAGCAUCAUGACCGACCUGUCCCGAUCCUCCUCCAGCCAUCAGACAUCAACCUCGUCACCAAAACCUACCGGUCGAGAUAGAGCCCCUACCUUCCCAAGCAGCAAGGUCGACAAUACCACCCCGAGCAGCACAUCCAGCCCAUACCGCUCUUAUGGCCACGGGUUCGGAGGCUUCGGUGGCGGGUAUGUCAACUAUGGCGAGCCAGAGGAUCCUGCCAAUGAUGGUAUCACCAUGACGUUUGACACGGGGUUCGAUGACGAUCGGGAUCGACAAGGUGACAAGGACUCGGGGCCGGGGCUCUUCUCGCCUCAGCCGGCAUCGUUGAAUGCCGGGAUCUCAUCGGACGCCAGCGGUAGCGGUGCAGGAAACAGCAGCAGCAUGCAACCGCCUGAGAGCAUACUGGGUCUGACAAAGCCCGCGACAGUGCCGAAUAUCACGUUGGCGGAUCCAUGGAGGGAUGCGGGGUAUGAUGAUGAUGAGGAGUUUGGAAAGGAAAAAGAAAUUUCUUUGACGUUUGCUUGA